AUGCGGCCGCCCAUUGCCGCCGCGGGCAUCGUCGCCGCCCUCGCGGCAGGCCUCGCUUCCGCCUCGCCGUUGCCCAACCCGCUCGACGCCGCCGCCGGGCUGUCGUUCCUCUUCCAGCGCGCGGCGUGCAACGCCUGCGGCGCCGACGGCCAGCUGUGCUGCACGGGCGACCAGGUGUGCACGACGCUGGCCAACAACAUCGCCACCUGCCUCGCCGGGGGCGGCGGCGGUGGUUAUGGCCAGUACACAACCACCUGGACCGAGACGCGCACCUUCACCAGCACCAUCAUGACGCACUGGGCGCCCGCCCCCGAGCCCACCGCCGGCGUCGACUGCGUGCCCCAGGCCCCCGAGCAGCAGGCCUGCGGCUCCAUCUGCUGCGCCGGCUGGCAGACGUGCGCCUUCAAGGGCCAGUGCUCGCUGCGCCCGGGCUACCAGGAGCCCAGCACCGUCGUCGUCACCGCCUCGGACGGCAAGCUCACCACCCGCUACUCGGCGCCCUUCCGCGUCACCGGCACCACCACCAUCACCAGCAACGGGCCCAACACCAACUCGGCCACCGCCACGCCCACCGGCACGGCCACGAGCUCCUCCUCCACCGCCACCAGCACCAGCGACGGCGACGCCAUCGGCGCCGACGGCGGCACCACCAACCACGGCCUCAGCGGCGGCGCCAUCGCCGGCAUCGUCAUCGGCACCCUCGUCGGCGUCGCCCUCCUCCUGCUGCUGUGCUUCUGCUGCAUCGCCCGCGGCCUGUGGAACGCCAUCUUCGGCCGCAAGCGCCACCACGACGAGAAGCGCGAGCGCGUUGACGUCUACGAGGAGCGUGUUUCCCGCCACGGCAGCCGCCAGCCCUCGGCCUACUCGCGCCGCGAGCGUCACGGCGGCUGGUUCGGCGGCGGCGGCGGCCCCUCCUCGGCCGGCGGUCGCCGCGAAAAGAAGAAGUCGGACGGCGGCUGGUGGCUCGGCCUGGCCGGCGCAGCCGCCACCAUCCUCGCCCUGCUCAACCUCAAAAAGGACAAGAAGAAGCCGCCGCGGAAGCCCAUGUCCUCACGCUACAGCGACUCGUACUACUCGUACACCGACGCAACCAGUGCCAGCAGCUCCAGCUCUGGCGGUCGUCGCACCCAGUACACCCGCCGCUCGGCCGGCGGCAGUCGGCCACCGCCUCCGAGGUCUCACUACUCCCGGUCCUCGAGACGGCCCUAG